UGUUUAAAUCGACGACAAUUUGUAUGGAAUCAUAACACUAAACUAACAUUUCUUUGUUAUUUGUGAGCAAAUAAAUAACUUGCCUUUAAAAAUUAAAUAUAUUCAAUAAUACUAAUUACGCCAUACAAUAAAAAUAAAAUUUUAUAAAUCAUGUUAUUUGUCUUGUUAUUUAUUGAUUAAAAUUAUUGUUCAGCUGUUUAAAAUAUUAAUUUAUAAUUUAUUUAAUAUUACAUAAUAAUAAUGAAAUGAUUACCAAUAUUAUUACUAAGUGCCCCAAUUAGUCAACCUAUAAUAUAAUUAUGUGUCAUUGUGAGUUACAGUAGCCAGUACUCAGUACCAAUGCCAAAAAACUUUAAAAAGCUCCUUAUUUAUUCUUGACUUCUUCUAAGACUCAACGGCUCAACGGGGUGCGAUGUGGAAUUUCAGGGGGUGGGUGUGUUAAGGUUUGUUGGGGGGGGGGGGUGUUCACGCCAUUGGCAAGAAAAGGGGAUUGAUAUUAAUAUAAUUUACAUUUAUGAUUAUACAGAGGAGUCGUAAGCUGAUAGUUUAUUUUAGUUUUAAACUUUAGCUUUAGUUAAUAAGACAUACUAAUAAUACUAAUAAGUAUAAGUCACAUUUUUUAAUUUCUACAGUUUUCUUUUAAAUAGGGGGGGGGGGGUGUUCACGCCAUUGGCAAGAAAAGGGGAUUGAUAUUAAUAUAAUUUACAUUUAUGAUUAUACAGAGGAGUCGUAAGCUGAUAGUUUAUUUUAGUUUUAAACUUUAGCUUUAGAUAAUAAGACAUACUAAUAAUACUAAUAAGUAUAAGUCACACUUUUUAAGUUCUACAGUUUUCUUUGCAAUCAUAUUGAUUCAAUGAUUGAAUCAAUUAGAAUUUUAUCAUUAUAAUUAUAAAUUAUUGUUUCCAAUUUGUGAAUGCAUAUAUAUUGAAUUGCUACUUUUGUAAGGGUGCAGACUUAGUUAAAGUUAAACAAUUAGUAUCGUGAUUGUGAGACUAGGCAAAUAUUUUUUUGCAGGUAUAUAAAAGUUUGGGAAACACUGAUCAAGUCUAUUCUAAAAUAUUAUAUUUAAACUUAAAUUAAGUUUAAGACUCAAGCAAUCUAAGCCUAUGUAGCAUGCAAUGCAAGUAUGUACUGUUCAGUAAGCAUAUAGUUAUAGAUUAUUAUACACUGAGACAUUUUUAAUUAAAUAGCCUACAUGUUUAUAAUCUUACAAUUUUUUUAAUACUUUAAAGCCACCUUUUAUUUUUUAUAUCAAUUCUUGCAACCCUCCCUUGAACAUAAAACCUAUAUUUAAAUGUGUCAUGACAAACCAGAUGAAAAACGUGGAAUUCUAAUCUAUAUAAAAUAUUUAAGUGCCACAAAAAAAGAAUAAAAGAAAAGUAAAAUUUGAAUAUUAGAAAUUUUCAAAUUGACAAGUUUAGGUCACCUUACUUGAUUUUUUUUCCAUCAACAUAAUAACGAUUACCAUGUUGUUUAUGAUACUUAAAUAAAAAAUAGUUUAAAAUUAGAUAGGAGGGGAGGGGGAGUUGAUAUAACCAUGGAUAUUUUUUUUUUAAUCAUUAAAUUGGAUUUUUCUUUGUUGCUGCAGAUAGAGUAAGAGGGAUAACAUUUGAGCCAAUGCACUGUGACUGUCUUAUUUACAUGAUUUUUCUAUCAGUGUACCACUGAAAACUUUAAUUGCCUUUGGCCUUCGAUUAGCCCCAACUGAUGAAUAGUAAAAAAAAAAAAAUUUAAAAAAGAACAGCAUCAUGUAUUAAUCGUGACAUAGAUUGUUAAGUCCUAUUAUAAGUUUUAAAUACAAUAAGAAAGCAGCGAAAUGUGUCGAUUAUACCAAAUACUCAGUUUGUCACAUAUGGGCAUACAACUACAAAGAUCAAGAAUGAUAACCACUCUUAGUAGUCUUAGUCAUUCCAGAAGAACAUUUAGUUAUUCUAAAAAUGUCAGUCAUAAACCUAUUCCAAGUUGGAUACCAUUACCUUCAUAUGCCAUUGAUGGGGACCUAAAAGUUCCAACCAAUCCAGAAAUAAAAACAAAAGAACAGAUCGGUCAAAUGAAACCAGCAUGCCAGCUUGCAGGAUCUAUUCUCAGAUAUGUUGGUGAUAACCUAAGGGUGUGUAUCAAAAUAGUGUUUAUAUUAAAAAAAAUUUAUUAAGCUUUUAACUCGUGAUUCAAUACACUAAUGGCCUGGAAGGCACCUCUAGAAUAAGUUAAAUUUUCUCAAACUUUUAUUUAAAAAAUGUAAGCCUACAUAUUGUAAUGUUUACUUUCCAUAUUUUUGUAUAGAUUGGUAUGUCAACUGAAGAAAUUGAUACAAUGGUUUAUUUAAAAUGCAUUGAAGCAGGUGCUUAUCCAUCUCCACUUCACUAUAAAGGCUUUCCAAAAAGUGUUUGUACAUCAGUUAAUAAUGUAGCAUGUCAUGGUGUUCCAGGAACCCUUACUUUAAACAAUGGAGACAUUAUAAACGUGGAUGUAACUGUAAGUGUGAGUGAAAGAAUAGUUUUUAGUAUUACAUAUUAUUUACUUUUUUAAGUUUAAGUUUCUUUGUUGAUUUAGUAAGAAUUAAAUGUUUAAGGAAAUGUUGUUUUUAAAGAUUCUUUUAUUAUUUUUUUUAAAAAUCAAACCUUCUUGCUUAUCUUACUCAAUAUGUUUCCUUAACUAUUACCUAAGAAAUGGUUUAUAGACAUUUUACUUGUACCUUGAACCUUUUUUUAAAUGUUCAUGUCAGGUAUUUUUCAAAGGCUAUCAUGGAGAUACAUCUCAAACGUUCUUAGUAGGGGAUGUUGAUGAAAGAAAUAAAGCCCUCGUUGAAGCAGCUGAACUCUGUCGUGAUGCUGGAAUAAAUGCUUGUCAUCAUGGAGCAUUGUUUUCUGACAUUGGAGAUUAUAUUUAGUGAGUUUUGGAACAUACCUCUGAAUAUUAAAAAAAUGUGAUAUGCUUAGAUGACACUUUUUUCUUUAUUUGGUACCGGUAGGCCGAGAUGUUAGUUAUUACUACACAAUUUUUUAAAUGUAAAUAUUGUAAAAGCACUUUUAAUUAUUAUUGCUCAGACAUAAAUUUGUUGUUUUUUUCUUUUUAACUGUGUUUAAUAAAAUAUCAAAAUACACAAACUAUAAUUGUAAAAAGUAGGUUGAAUCUUUGUUUAAAUCCAUAUUUUUUGUACAAUUAUUUCAGUUCAACAGCUUCUGAAGCUGGUUUUGAAGUAAUACCUUAUUUCUGUGGUCAUGGGAUAGGUGAAUACUUUCAUGGACCACCAGACAUAGUUCAUGUCCGUAAGUAUAGUAACAGUACUAGGUUUUAUCUGUAGGCAUAGAAAACAUAGAUUUUUAAAAUAUUUCUAAAACUAAAUAAAUAAAGUUGUCUCGAAUAAAAAAAUUUUAAAAAACAUUUCCCAUUGUGAAUUUUUCAUAAUGUCGUGCAAUGCUUAAAGGUAUCCCAUUACUUUACAUUGCACUAAAUUACCUGUCUGUAAUGGAUACAUCUCUGUUAGGACAGUGUUUGAAAGCUAGGUAAUAUACUAUCCAAUGUCCCUUUUUUAGGACCGGUAACAUCAUAUUGCAGUUCCUACUUAUAAUCUGUGCUUUUUCUCCUUCUGGGGGCAAUUUUCACUGCACACCUGGCUUCCUUUCACGGCACACCGGUGUGCCGUAGCACUAAGUUUGCGGAGCUCUGGUAUAAACUAUUGACAGUAGGAAUAGACCAAAUUUUUUUUUAUUACAUCAAAUAAUCUUUAAUUAGGUAAUAAGAAUGUUGACAUGCCUUCAAUAUAAUGAAAAAAAAAAAAACUAACAUUUCUUUAAAAGUUUAGUGCUGUUUCGGAAAAAUUACAGCUCUAAUAGGAUUAUUACUUUUUUGUGUCAACAGCAAGUGAUAAUGUUGGUCAAGAAAGAAUGCUCUCUGGCAUGACAUUUACUAUAGGUAAUUAAGUCCGUGCAAUUUAUUUAUUUUUUAUUGUUAAUUUUUAAUACCCGGGUAUUAGUAAUAUUAGUGUUCCUCCUGAAGCCAAUGUUAACUUUCCAGCUGUGUCCAUCUUGUUUCACAGAUGCCAAGCAGUCUGAGCUUGUAUGUUCUCAUUUCUUCCACCAUUUGGGCUGAUUUUCCUGUUUCAUACAUGUUUCUAAUCUUCCACCAGCCUAAGUUUUUACCUUUGAAAGGAGAGGCCUCUGCUUUGAGGCUUCCAGUAUAACAUGGCUUUGGCCACAAGGCUUCAUAACUCUUUUGGGAAAGAGCCCUCUCUUCUCAGGGCUGAAAUUUUUUGUUUCUUUUCUUCUUUUGUAACAAUGUGUUUUGUUUUACAGGUUUGGUAGCUGGCCUCAUGCACUCAGGCUUGGGGCUGGCCAUGGUAGCGUUAAGAGUAUUAGGGCCUACAAUUAGAAUUAGAAUCUGAUUGUUAGGAUCUUAAAGCUUUAAUUUCAAACACGCCUAUCAAUAAACAAACUUAAUUUAAAUGUCAUAACCCAUGAGAUUAUUUAUUAAGGCAAGCUUUUUUUUGUUUAAAUAUGGAACUACUGCUACUACACAUUUACAUUAAAGACAAUUUAAAUGUAAAUUGUAGUAGGUUUUUUUUUUUUUAACAAACUCAAUUUGGGAAGCAUUUCCUGUAUGUAUUUAAAAUUUGACAACAUGAAUUGACAGCGACUUUAUUAACAGAGCCCAUACUUUGUGAUGGAAGCCCUGAAAUCCAAGUACUUGAUGACGGCUGGACUGUGGUUACAAAAGAUGGAAGUAAUUCUGCACAGUUUGAACACACCAUCUUAGUCACUGAAAGCGGAUGUGAAAUUUUAACUGCUUAAGAAUUAGUACUUGUAGCUGUGUGUAAAAUAGAAAAAUCUGCCUUUGCAAUGCAUUGGAUAUUGAAUAAGAAAACUGUUAUAUCGCCAAUAAUGAAAUGUAUAAGAAUACCUGACUAUUCAGACAAAUGUAUAAAAUUUGGUAAUUGUUGGUGCUAUUCUGAAUUGUUUUAUAUUAUUACCGUACUUAUUAAAGAAUG